UAUGGCGACGUGUGUCAAAGUUUCCAGGAAACUCGUCGAAAACAGUCUGACUGAUGAUGGAUUACCUCAAUAUGUCUUUGGAACUCGAGGCAAUGAUUGCAUUUGUUUGUUGGGAUGUUCAAAUAAGAUCAGUGAUCCUGUAACAUCAUUGGAGGCUAUCGAAAGACUCCUUCCUGGAGGUAUAGAUGUUCUUGGAUUUGCUGUAGACUCUUUGGUGUGUCCUGACAAUGGAAAGAUUCUACAUGCUCUGGGAGAUAAAGAUAAACUUGUUGUCAACAAGAAGAAAGGGUCAAAAUCAGUAGAAUAUGUCUCUUUGAUCAGUGGUACUGGGGAAACAAGCGAUAUUAAAUGGACAUGUGAACAAAUUGAUGUUUUCUCAUAUGUCACUGUGAGAACCAGAUGUCAGAUUCCAGUUUCUUUCACUCUACCUGAAAAUGGUAAAUGGCAGCCCAGUUUACACAUGGAAGUGGAGAAAACAAGCACAGAGCUUUUCUCUGACAGUACCAUGUAUCACCUGGCAACCUCCCCAGUGUUGCUAGGCAACACUGGUUGUUAUGGGUUACCCAACUCUAGUAAUGUAACUGUGCAAACACUUGUGGACAUGGUCACUGAGGAGGAAGGUGGGAGAACUAAGAGCAAAAAAGAGAGAAAACAGUCCACAUUGUUGUUAGAUGUCUACAUGGACCAGUGUAACAGUUGUUCCUUACAGAAUGUGCCAUCUUGCUCACCUGUAAUUAAUUACAAGACAGGCUCAAAAAAGGUUGUUAACCUAGUCCUAGGCCUGGACGCGGUCUCAAUAUUUUCUCCCAAUACUCCUGUUGAAGAAAUGACAGAGACACUGGGCCAGGCUCUACGCAGACAAGUCACUGCCAUGGAGCAUUGUAUUGUACAACAUAGUCAAAAGAAUACAUUUAUCACCGCUGUACCAUAUCACUGUCAACCAGUGCUGUCUGACUCCCUCUUCACUGUUGUAUACCCAAAUGGUGUAAUUGACGAGAAACUAGAGUCCUAUCGACGUGAGAUACAUCAGUGCCUUUCCCUGCCAGAAGACCGCCCCAUGUUUCGACGGGCUAACCAUUGCUCGUUUCCAGGGGAACAACCGAAUUCUGGGGGAUAUAUGGUUAAUGUACAUGAACAUGUGCCCAAGUCAAAAGUAACAGGAGGCCAUGUGUGGUGCGUGCAAGGCCAGUACACAUACCAUCACUACAUGCAGGAUCGAUUUGACGAUAACAAGUGGGGCUGUGCGUACCGGUCCCUACAGACCCUUGUGUCCUGGUUCCGCCAUCAGGGCUACACUGAUGUAGACAUUCCCUCACAUAAAACAAUACAACAGACUCUAGUUGACAUUGGGGACAAGGAGCCAAACUUUGUAGGCUCUAGGAAGUGGAUUGGCUCCAUGGAAGUCAGCUUUGUACUCGACACUCUUAUUGGGGUAACAUCUAAGAUCCUGUCUGUUAGUACUGGGUCUGAGCUAGCAGCAAAGGGGAGAGAACUGGCAGCCCACUUUCAGACCCAGGGAACUCCUAUCAUGAUAGGUGGAGGGGUUUUAGCCCACACAAUCCUUGGUGUGGAUUACGAUGAAGUGACGGGAGAUAUCAGCUUUCUCAUUCUUGACCCCCACUACACUGGGGCAGAGGAUCUCAAAACCAUCGUUGAUAAGGGAUGGUGUGGGUGGAAGGGGCCAGACUUCUGGGACCAGAAUGCUCACUACAACAUGUGCAUGCCACAGCGACCAGUCUGUAUCUGAAAAUGGCACAGAUAGGGAGCAACCAGUCUAACUGACAUUAUUUCCUCUGUUUUUGUCCGUGCUUUGUUUAACAUGUGCUUUACAUGUUUAACAUGAAUAAUAAAAACUUAUACUAACUUGUCUCUAAGAUCAGAAUUAUUUUUAUUUAUAUGUAUAUAUUGUUAAUGUUUUCAUAUUAAAUAUGAUAAUUAAUGUAUAUUUUUUUGUAAUUAUACAAAUGUAGCUGUGGGGUUUGUGAAAAGCGUUAAUUUCAGAAUCGCAAUGUUUUUUUAAUACUGUUUGUUAACAUUGGACCGAUUGUUCAGAACUUUUUUAAAGUUAACAACUAUGUUAACAUCAUCAAAAGAUGAAAUAUUUUGUGAUGCUCUAAUAUAUCAUAAUUUGUGUAAAACAUGUACAGCUGAAAGUUGUCGUAAAUUUUGUUAGAGAUACUGCAAGUGUAUCUAUGCAACUUUCAAGGCGGUAAAAACUUGCAAGUUAAAAGAACAAUGAUGCUAACAAAGUUCUAAACAAUCUGCCUAUCGUAUUACAAAAUGAUGCAUGUUUGUACAAUUUCUAUUAUUUGUAGACAAAAUUGAAUUAAUGUCAAAGCAAUAGAGUUUUCCUCAGUGCUGGCAGCAUCAUGAAUAAUGUUGGACAUGUCUCAGUUUGUGUAUACCAUGUGAUUAAUUAUGUCACAUAUGCUACGUUGGAAGGCAACAUUUUACUUAAAUUGAAGACUUUAAACAAAGAUAACUUUUCUUUUUCUAUACCAUUUUAAAUGAAACAAAGUGCAGUCUAUUAUCGGAGUUUGAUUAGCUGAUUAGUUUCUUCAAACACUUUGACAAACCUGCUUCAAAAAUAAUGUUUUGACAGUUUCAUAAUGCUCCAUCAGGCAGUGGUUUUGCAAAAAAGUUUGUCUAGGUGUUUUAAGAAACUGAACUCUCAAUCAAACUCGGGUAAAAGACCGAAAGCGGGGCUCUGUAAGCGGCGUAGACUGAGCUAUAUUUCAUUUAAAAUGGUGAAGAAAUAGUAAAGUUAUCUUUGUUUAAAGCCUUCAUUUGAAGCAAAAUAUUGCCUUCCAUAAUGUAUAAAGCAAAUUGUCAUGUGGUAUACACACACUGUUACUAUUACUAAGAAACUGUAAAAAUGGGUACACAUAUUAAUCAUGACAUUUUACAGACAUCUACCUAAUUUGCAGGUCACAUGACCCUGUCUAUGAUAUUCUAUUUUUAAGUGAGAAAGGCAGAUAUAAAUAUGCUUAUGUUGUCAUGUGGCUCUGUUGUUAAAUACUGGUGAGAAAGUACAUUAUAACAAUGUUGUACUACAUAAAUACCUAUUGUGUUCCUGUUGAUAAAGAUGAUAUUACCAUAAAGGAGUCAGCCUUACAAAUUACAACUAUUCAUUGUCUUAUGUUGAAAAUUGUUAUUUCUAUAUGGAGGGGUGUGUGCAUGACUGUAGUAAGUCCUAGAAAAAUCAGAAAGUUAGUACAGUCUUGCGGGCACCUCUCAAUAUAAAGUUUAUCAGAUAAUUAUAUAUUUUGACACUGGUAUCAAUAGCUUGUGACUCUAAAUUUCAGACCUGUGAUGAUUAUGAACAGUCUUUAGUCUAAGUUUAGACUCGAGUAGAAAACUGCAUUACGAACAGUCUUUAGUCUAAGUUCGGACUCGAGUAGAAAACUGCAUUACGAACAGUCUUUAGUCUAAGUUCGGACUCGAGUAGAAAACUGCAUUACGAACAGUCUUUAGUCUAAGUUCGGACUCGAGUAGAAAACUGCAUUACGAACAGUCUUUAGUCUAAGUUCGGACUCGAGUAGAAAACUGCAUUACGAACAGUCUUUAGUCUAAGUUCGGACUCGAGUAGAAAACUGCAUUACGAACAGUCUUUAGUCUAAGUUCGGACUCGAGUAGAAAACUGCAUUACGAACAGUCUUUAGUCUAAGUUCGGACUCGAGUAGAAAACUGCAUUACGAACAGUCUUUAGUCUAAGUUGGGACUCGAGUAGAAAACUGCAUUACGAACAGUCUUUAGUCUAAGUUCGGACUCGAGUAGAAAACUGCAUUACGAACAGUCUUUAGUCAAAGUUCGGACUCGAGUAGAAAACUGCAUUACGAACAGUCUUUAGUCAAAGUUCGGACUCGAGUAGAAAACUGCAUUACGAACAGACUUUAGUCUAAGUUCGGACUCGAGUAGAAAACUGCAUUACGAACAGUCUUUAGUCUAAGUUCGGACUCGAGUAGAAAACUGCAUUACGAACAGUCUUUAGUCUAAGUUCGGACUCGAGUAGAAAACUGCAUUACGAACAGUCUUUAGUCUAAGUUCAGACUCGAGUAGAAAACUGCAUUACGAACAGUCUUUAGUCUAAGUUCGGACUCGAGUAGAAAACUGCAUUACGAACAGUCUUUAGUCUAAGUUCGGACUCGAGUAGAAAACUGCAUUACGAACAGUCUUUAGUCUAAGUUCGGACUCGAGUAGAAAACUGCAUUACGAACAGUCUUAGUCUAAGUUCGGACUCGAGUAGAAAACUGCAUUACGAACAGUCUUUAGUCUAAGUUCGGACUCGAGUAGAAAACUGCAUUACGAACAGUCUUUAGUCUAAGUUCGGACUCGAGUAGAAAACUGCAUUACGAACAGUCUUUAGUCUAAGUUCGGACUCGAGUAGAAAACUGCAUUACGAACAGUCUUAAGUCUAAGUUCGGACUCGAGUAGAAAACUGCAUUACGAACAGUCUUUAGUCAAAGUUCAGACUCAAGUAGAAAACUGCAUUACGAACAGUCUUUAGUCAAAGUUCAGACUCAAGUAGAAAACUGCAUUACGAACAGUCUUUAGUCUAUGUUCAGACUCAAGUAGAAAACUGCAUUACGAACAGUCUUUAGUCUAAGUUCAGACUCAAGUAGAAAAAUUGCAUUACGAACAGUCUUUAGUCUAAGCUCAGACUCGAGUAGAAAACUGCAUUACGAACAGUCUUUAGUCUAAGUUCGGACUCGAACAGUCUUUAGUCUAAGUUCAGACUCAAGUAGAAAAAUUGCAUUACGAACAGUCUUUAGUCUAAGCUCAGACUCAAGUAGAAAAAUUGCAAUAUUCAGUUCACUGUAACUCUCUUUCUAGUUAAGUUUUGAUGAUGAAAUUUGCUGGAUUUUAUUACUCUUUGAAAUUAUACAAUUAUUCACAUUUAAUUUUGUAAAAUGAAUGGAAUGCAGAUGCUACUUUGUUAUUUAAUAAAAUUGCUUUUCUGAGUCUGAGUCUACACUUGGAUUUGAGACUGUUCUAACAUGGCCACAGGGUCUGUAUUCUUUAAUAUCAUGAGUUUGAGACUGGGCUCAGAAAAGGGAAUUCUGAAAUGUUUCAAUACAUCUUUAAUACCAGAUGUGAAUACUUUUUACAUAAAAUGUGAGCCUGAUUGUAAAACAGUUUAUCAUUAACAGAAUUAUUUUUAGAAUUAUUUCUCAUGUAAGAGCAGUUGUACAAUAAAUCAGCGUUAUUUUUCACACAGUGGUUAUUGAUGCAAUUGAAUUCAUGUCUAUUAAUGUUUGAAAUAUUUAGUUUUAACCUUAUGCUGAUCAUUAUAUCUAUUGAACACAUGGAUGACAUUAUCAAUAUACUAGUAGUUUUUUCUCCACAUUCAGAAAUAAUUGGGUGACAUAAUUAUAUGAUUGUAAUAUGCACAGAAAGAUGAUGAAUAGAAGGGUAAAAUACACACAAAAAUAAAUA